CUUGUUCUCCAAGACGCCUGAAAAGAGCUAUUAGGGCACUCGCAUCAAGCGAAGUGGAGAAGAAAACGAAGGAGAGAGAUAUAUAUAGAUACUAAGAUCUGAUAUAACAGCAAUAUGGAGUGCGUAUUCGGACUUGUAGGCAAGGGGUUCGCUCUCGUCGUCGCCGAUUCAUCGGCGGUUCACAGCAUACUGGUACAUAAGACCAAUGAAGACAAGAUUAUGCGUCUCGACUCUCACAAGCUUAUGGGCGCUAGCGGCGAGGCCGGCGACAGAGUACAAUUCACAGAGUACAUACAGAAGAACGUGGCACUGUAUCAGUUCCGCAACGGCAUUCCAUUGACCACUGCAGCUGCUGCGAACUUCACUCGAGGCGAGCUCGCUGUUGCCUUGCGAAAGAACCCAUACUCUGUGAAUAUCAUCCUGGCUGGUUACGAUAAAGAGACCGGCCCCUCCCUGUACUACAUGGAUUAUAUUGCUAGCCUUCACAAGGUUGACAAGGCAGCAUUUGGCUAUGGGUCGUAUUUCUCACUCGCCACGUUGGACAGGCACUAUCGCAGCGACAUGACAGUGGAAGAGGCAGUUGAUCUGGUGGACAAGAUCAUUCUGGAGAUCCGUUCUAGGCUUGUUGUGGCCCCACCGAACUUCGUUAUCAAAAUUGUUGACCAGGAUGGAGCAAGAGAACUUGCAUGGCGCGAGACGAUCAAGGAGGCUCCUGUGUCAGCAGCCUGAGGUUUAAUCUGUUCUUGCUAGAUUUGGUUUUAAAUUUGGAUGGAUCAAUGACUGUUUAAUAUUUUCAGAUAUUUGAAUUUCUGCUCAUUUGUUUUGGUGAUGUGCCAGAAAUAUUAUAAUCUAUGAUGGUAUUACUUGCAUUCUGUUGGGAAUUGAGAAACCUUAUUUC